CGUUUCAAAGUUUUCCAACUGACAGCCAUGUAGGAGACUCUUAAGAUUUAGUCUUGCUGUUUUCCAAGUCGCUUUAAAAAGUCGUCAUGGUGCCUGCGUUCUCAACCUUCUUUUCCGGAAAGUCUUCAAAAUCUAGAAGAGUUGGAAGAACUGUUCGAGGGUCCGUCACGGAGCUCAUCCUGGGCUCUGCGGUUAACGUUUUUGCUGGAUUGUAGUUGCGUGUGUGGAGAUGCUUUGAAUUUGGGAAACGUUUUUUUACCGUUUGCUGACCACCGCCUAGAAAGACCUAUAUUGCUUUCGGGUUUUCAGGCUGCAUAAACUAAUACUAGCAUAGACGUGGUUAAUAGUCAGCAAAGUUAAGUAAAUAAAUAGUUGUUGGGGCCAGAAGACCAUUACUCGUAUAAUGUGUUGGGUUCAUUCCGUUAGUCAUCUGCCCAAGUCUUAGAAUAUGUGUUCAGAGGGAUAAAAUAAAACUUUUUAACUUAGUGAAAAUAAUUAGGUACAGGUGCCUACUAAUAAAGCAAGAGUUCACAAAAUGUGUUUUUCUGAAGUUACUAUGUUGAGUGUUUUGCUGUUCACUGGUGCUAUUCUGACAUCAAAAGUGAGCAUUUAGUCAUUGGAAUUUUGUGAUCUUCAUGAUUCUCCACAUUGUUAUAUUCCUUGACAAGUAAUAACAUCAAGAACUUAAAAGAAAACUGAACCUUCUGACUAGACCAAGUGGAAUACUGGUGAAGGAUACUAAGUUAGAUGGACCUUUGUUACAGAUUCUAUUUAUGAACAAUGCUAUUUCAAAGCAAUAUCAUCAAGAAAUAGAGGAAUUUGUAUCAAAUUUAGUAAAAAGAUUUGAGGAACAGCAGAAAAAAGAUGUGGAAAAGACUUCCUUUAAUCUUUUGCCCCAGCCAUCCAGUGUUGUGCUGGAAGAGGACCAUAAAGUAGAAGAAGAAGCCUGUGUCAUUAAGAACAGCAAGGAGCCUUUUAGUGUUGUAGGAAGUGUGCUGUAUUUUUCUAAUUUUUGCCUUGAUAAAUUGGGGCAACCGCUACUAAAUGAAAACCCUCAGCUUACGGAAGGAUGGGAGAUACCCAAGUACCAGCAAGUCUUCAGCCAAAUUGUUUCUCUAGAAGGGCAAGAGAUACAAGUAAAGGCAAAAAGGCCAAAGCCUCACUGUUUCAAUUGUGGUUCGGAAGAGCAUCAGAUGAAAGAAUGCCCAAUGCCUCGGAAUGCUGCUCGCAUCAGUGAAAAGAGAAAAGAAUAUAUGGAUGCCUGUGGUGAGGCCAACAAUCAGAGCUUCCAGCAGCGCUACCAUGCAGAAGAAGUCGAAGAAAGAUUUGGGAGAUUCAAGCCAGGAGUUAUUAGUGAGGAACUUCAAGAUGCGCUAGGUGUGACGGACAAAAGUCUACCACCUUUUAUAUAUCGAAUGCGUCAGCUUGGCUACCCACCAGGUUGGCUCAAAGAGGCCGAAUUGGAAAAUUCUGGGCUUGCACUCUAUGAUGGAAAAGAUGAACCUGAUGGAGAAGCAGAAGCUGGUGAACUGCAACAGAAUAAAAGUGUCACUUAUGAUCUCUCCAAAUUGGUAAACUACCCAGGUUUUAAUAUAUCUACUCCCAGAGGAAUUCCAGAUGAAUGGAGGAUGUUUGGCUCCAUACCCAUGCAGGCAUCUCAGCAGAAGGACGUGUUUGCCAACUACCUGACUUCUAACUUCCAAGUGCCCAGUGUGCGGUCGAGCAGUAAGAGGUCCUCGUCUCAGUCAAGCCCGUGUAGCCCAAAGAAGCAGAAGAAGAACAGCAGCUCCGAAGCAUCUCCCGCCAGCAUGGAGCUCGACUCUGGUAGCCUCUUCUCCACCCUGGUAUUUUUUAACCAUUUUGCCCCAGUCAACUGUGAAGAUGCUACCCUCGAUAGUGGCAAUGUUGUGUCAAACUGUGGCAGCAGCAAUGGGGGCGGCCAAAAUCUCCCUCCAGGCCCCAGCCCUUCCACAGCUGCUAAAAUGCAUAGCCCCAUACCUGACAUGAGCAAGUUUGCAAUGGGAAUAACUCCAUUUGAAUUUGAGAACAUGGCAGAGUCAACUGGAAUGUAUCUCAGAAUAAGGAACUUGCUAAAGAACUCACCCCGGAACCAGCAAAAAAAUAAAAAGACUUCUGAAUAAGGCUUACCACAGCACCAAGAACUAGCUUUUCAAUUCUUUUUCCCUUUUUGUUCUGUAAACUAAUAAGUGGACAGAUAAAAUUAUUACCUUCUGAUGUUUAAAAAUCUAUCUCAAGCUUAAUUGUGGUCUAUAGCCCAAGCCAGUUUUUUUAAGGAAUGGAAAAACUAGGCCCUUUAUUAUAUUUUAUUCUCUCCAGCAGAAACUUGGGUUAGGAGCAGGUUUAGAGUUUGCUUGUUAAGCUUAAUACUAUUUUUGGAUUGUGAGUUUCGGUCAAAGUAAUGGUUUUUAUCUGUCUUUUGUAUGUUGAUUUCCCUUUAUACCUUUUGCUAACUAUCCUGUACAUAAGUUUAAUAUAUCACUUUUUAAAAGAAAAAAAACUAACCAUUUUAAAGUCACAGUGCAACUCCAGCAACCAAAUAAAAAAAUCAGGGAGGAGCAGCUUUAUCCCAUUUGGGAUAUUUUUGUAAAUGAUUUACGUGCAUCAAUUUUAAUAACACUUUCUUUUUUGUAACAUCAUCUCACAAACUUGCUGCAGGUAUGUUUAUCUUUGUGGACAGAGGUUUGAUAAAUUAGUUUUCAUAAUCUAAGACUAAGUACAAUCAAAAGUAAUGGUUAAAUUUGUAUACAAAACCAUAAGUUUGGAAGGUACUUAAUGUGGUGCAAAAAUGAAUAGUAGCAAAAGUAAACACAGUUCUACGAAAUUGAAAGUUUAGGUGUUUUCCAUAGGUUUUUACCUUAAAUCUAGAAAAUAAGAUCAUUCCAAGGAACCUUUUUUUUUUUUUUUCAAGGAAUAAUUUUGAGGGAAAGAAAAAAAUGGAGGCAGCUAACCUUGGUAUAAAAGUAUUUUCUAGAUUUGAAUCCUAAGAUAAUUUACAACUAAAAAUAGACAUAGAUGUCCCAAUUGUCAAAAAAGAACCAGAACUUUGAUUGUUGUCAUUAUUUGGAAUGUCAUUACACCUUUAUAUUUGGUCAGAUGUGUGAAAAUAAACAUCUAAACAAUCUAAA